UUCGAAAAAAAUUGUGUUGAGCGAGCGAGACGAACUAUAAAAUUUAAUUUAAUACUCAUCAAAUUAUUCAUAAAAUAUAACGCUUUGUUUUUAUACAUUAACGUAAUUCCAAAUAUAAGCAACAUAUGUGUACAUUUAUGAGAUAAGGUUAGAUCUUAGGUGUUAGGAAGCUGGAGCCAUGUCUCGUAAGGAGUUUGCUUGUUUUGUACAAAUAUUUUUACUGCUCAUGGCAUGUAUAGAUGCUUCUGAUGAAGCAAAGAGUGAUAAAAUCGAGGCUGUGGACUGCAGCACAUUGCGAUUAGGACAGUACAUUUGUCCAGAUCCGAGUAUAAACCCUAUAGAUCCUGACACGCAGCAGUACCGUGGGUGUACAAAGGGUGAAAAGAUACCGUCUGAAGGAGAAGCUGAGGUACAAUGUAUAGCAGCAGACCUAAUCAUUUGUAAGGAGACAAAUAGUUCAACAUUCAAAAAGAAACUCCCAUGCAAAUGGACAAAUGGAUACUCUUUGGAGAUAGCACUGUUGCUGUCAGUGUUUUUGGGCAUGUUUGGCCUGGAUCGGUUCUACCUCGGCUAUCCAGGAGUUGGGCUGGCCAAGCUCUGCACAUUGGGAUUUAUGUUUAUUGGCCAACUUCUUGACAUUAUUCUUAUAGCUGCUCAGGUUGUAGGACCAUCUGAUGGUUCAGCCUAUGUCAUACCGUACUUUGGAGCAGGAGUGUCCGUUGUCCGCAGCGACAAUGAGUCGUACCUGCUCCCCCAAGCCGACUGGCACAACAUCACCUGACAGUGGGGCACCAUAUCCUUCGACGUUGACGAGGAUUAUGAAUGGACAUAAUUCUAGAGUUUACCACCAGAUUUAUGAACUGUGUUCAGUGUUCUCUAGUUGUGUAUUAUAGAACUGUUACUAUUUGUAUAAAUAGGCAUGUAAAUAUAGUCUAAUAAGUGAAUUUGUAUAUAAAGUAGUAUAAUUAUUAUAACAGUUAUCUAAGCAGUUCAAUUAUGCUUUCUAGGAAAGUAAAUAAAAAUAUGUAAUUAA